UACGCUAGAAUCAAUGACGCCGCCUCCAUUGUAUCGCAUUAGUGCAGAAGGUGUGUGCAAGUCUGAUGUUUUCCAGCGUCUUCGACGCUAUCCAGUUAAAAUGGGGUCAAAGAAUUUUUUCCUCCGCCUGCAUUGGGAGGUACUCCCUGUGAAGACUUGGUUAGUAAAAAAAGGGUUUUUUGAACCUUGGUCUACAAAUUGUGCACUUUGUCCGGUUCCAGAAACACUGGAGCACGUAUUCUUGUACUGUACGAAUGCCGAGCUGUUUUGGGCCGAGCUUCGAGCGGUGUUGCGGACAGAUCUCUACAUGGACUGGAAAAAGGUCAAAUACUUGGAGUUCGGCUCAGGUCUGAAAAGCAGAGCCUGGGAAGUUCUCGCUCUUCUUGGAUUGCAUGCCUUAUGGAACUCGCGGAAUGAUCACUUGUUUGUAGUGGAAGGAGCAAAGCCAGCUUGGCGGCACUUUGUCGAGGGUUUUAUGUAUGUCGACUCGAUUAUAGAGGUAACGCAACAACCAGGCUUGGAAUGCUGGACAGCGUGGAAAGCGCGUUUGCAAAGGCGCUAGAAGGUUGCCCCUUUAUUGCGAGUACAGUAGAAAAUGGCAGAGUGGCCUGUAAGGGUGCACUAAUAUUCGUAAGGAGCUGUACUGUGUGGGGUUGAAUCCUGCGAAGUUCCUACGCUGCCCUUUAAUGUGAGUCAAACGGUCAAACAAGCGGACA